AUGACGAGAAAUCAUGGGAUCUCCUGGGAAAGUCUGAGCCUCACACAACUUUCUCUGGACUUCUUGGGUGUCUACUACAUGCAAGCAACAGGACCCGCGUACGUCGUUGGGGAGAAGGGCACUUUCAUUUCUACUCAAGAUAUGAGCACUUGGAAUACGAACAGUACUCAUGUCACAAACGACACGGCUUACAUCGAUCUGCACGGGGUAAGAUUCAGCGAUUUUAGCAAUGGAGUCAUCGUGGGAAGCUUUGGGACGGCCAUCCAAGUGUCUGUAGAUUGGAGUGGACAGACAAACUACUUGCGGCUGAAGAGUAUCGAUUCCAUCCAAUACUCUCUGCUGAGACUGGCUUCUGAUAGACUGAGUGACUUGGUAGCCUGUGGUACUUCUAUGACAAUUUUCCGGGUUGUCCCCGUGUCCAACCACAACAACAAUGUUGGCAAAAAUUUUCUAUCUUGCGCGAUUCGAAAUUGGAUUGAUGGAACGAUGCAGGUGUUAGUGGGAACAGACUCUGGUUCCUUGCUGAUUUACAAUCACAGUACAUGGGUUGAGCAUACACUUGGAAUAAAUGAGAGUUUGACUGGCUUGUACAUCUCAAGCUCCGAUGUUAUCAUUGCAGGAACCUCAACGGGGAAGAUCUUCAGAACAGUCAAUGGUGGAAAGACUUGGAUUCAAAUCAAAGCUCCAGCAAUGCAGAUUCGAAGCAUGUUUGGGAGAAGCCAAAUGAGUGUCAUGAAUGGUUCGAUGCGACGAAAAGUCGACAAUGCAGCAGCCUACACUCUCAUGCUAAGCAUGUUUUUGUCAAUCAUGCACAUCUCACGAUAG